GGGCACCAUGACCACACGACCCCUCUCCCACUGCGGGGCGAGACCCCGGGCUGCUCGGCUUCGCAGUGGUUCUGGGUCAAUGUUCAACUACCCGUUUUUGGUUUCCCAAAAGAACUCUGGCCCGGACCUCAGUCCGCGGUCUAGAGUUUGACAGCGGGCCGUUUGAGACGGGAGUACGCCGGCGUGUAGCUGCCAGUCAGCCCCCUGUGGCCCGACCGCCACCAUGGGAGACAGUAGAGAUUCCCACAGCCCGGACAGCUCGUCCGUCUCCUCCCCUCCGUCGGGGCAGCGCUCGCCUCCGCUGGUUCCCUCGCCCGCGGCGUCCAUGACCUCGCCGCCUCCCGUCACCACCAGCGGGGUCAACAGCCCCAUCAGCAGCAUCGGCUCGCCCUUCUCCGUCAUCAGCUCUUCGCUGGGCUCGCCCUGCCUCCCCGGCACGCCGUCGGUGGGCUACGGCCCCAUCAGCAGCCCGCAGAUCAACUCCACCGUGUCCAUGUCCGGGCUCCACGCGGUGAGCAGCUCCGAUGACGUGAAGCCCCCGUUGGGCUUGCAGCAGAUGUCUCCCCGGAGUCCGGGGCCGAUGCUUUCCCAGAAGCGCCUCUGUUCCAUCUGCGGAGACCGAUCUUCUGGUAAGCACUACGGCGUCUACAGCUGUGAGGGCUGUAAAGGCUUCUUCAAGAGGACGGUGCGCAAAGACCUGAGCUACACCUGCCGGGACAGCAAAGUGUGCAUGGUGGACAAGAGGCAGAGGAACCGCUGCCAGUACUGCCGCUACCAGAAGUGCCUGGCCAACGGCAUGAAGAGAGAAGUGGCCAAGAUGAACGACAGAUCCGUCCAAGAGGAGCGUCAGAGGAACCGGGAGCGGGAAGGCGAGGCGGAGUCGACCAGCGUGGUGAACGAGGAGAUGCCCGUGGAGAAGAUCCUGGAGGCGGAGAUGGCCGUGGAGCACAAGACGGAGCUCCACACGGACGAAGGCUCCGGGGGCAGCUCUCCCAACGAUCCCGUCACCAACAUCUGCCAGGCGGCCGACAAGCAGCUGUUCACGCUGGUGGAGUGGGCGAAGAGGAUCCCUCACUUCUCCGAGCUGGCCCUGGACGACCAGGUCAUCCUGCUGCGAGCAGGCUGGAACGAGCUCCUGAUCGCGUCGUUCUCCCAUCGCUCCAUCUCCGUGAAGGACGGCAUCCUGCUGGCCACCGGCCUGCACGUCCACAGGAGCAGCGCUCACAGUGCCGGCGUGGGGGCCAUCUUUGACAGGGCGCACAAUGCCGAGGUUGGGGCCAUAUUUGACAGGGUGCUGACGGAGCUGGUGAGCAAGAUGAGGGACAUGCAGAUGGACAAGACGGAGCUGGGCUGCCUGCGGGCCAUCAUCCUCUUCAACCCGGACGCUAAAGGUUUGUCCAGCCCCAGCGAGGUGGAGCAGCUGAGAGAGAGGGUGUACGCCUCGCUCGAGUCCUUCUGCAAGCAGAAGUACCCCAAUCAGCAGGGCAGGUUUGCUAAGCUCCUCCUCCGGCUGCCGGCGCUGCGCUCCAUUGGUCUGAAGUGCCUGGAGCACCUGUUCUUCUUCAAGCUGAUCGGCGACACGCCCAUUGACACCUUCCUGAUGGAGAUGCUGGAGGCCCCCCACCAGCUCACCUAGAGGACGCCGCCGGGCUCGGCCCAGUCCGGGUCCCACGCACACCAGGAUCGGCCACAAGCCCCCCCCCUCCCCCACGUUGGGCCGCUAGGCCCCUCCCUGCUGGUUUUACUGUUCCGGCUCUGUCACACACACACACACACCACGAUUUAUCACGACGCUCAUGAAUUGACAUGCAACACGUGGAUAACAUGGAUGAGCAACAUGCUAACACACUCUCACACACAUGUGGACCGUCUGUUCCCCGAGCCCGCUUCCCCCCCCACAGGGGUAACGACUCAAAGACACGCCCCCUUUUUAUCACACACAGUGGCAUAAACAUCCUAAAUCCACCUCCGAUGUUCCCGUGUGGCGGUGAGCCAGGCGUACGGCCCCUGGGGGUUUUACAUAUUCAUGUGUGGGCGUGGCUUAAGAUCCGGGGCCGUUGGUCCUCCGGCGGACCGGCAGCGCAUCCCGGUAACGUCGAAACGCGUUCUGCUUGUGUUUGAAUAAUCAUGCUGAAACUUGUUUUAGUUUCUAUUUUUGAAGUACUGUACUCAUGAAAUGAGAGCUUUUUUUUUUUUUUUUUCAAGGCAUUGAAAUCCGGGGCAAGGGGAGCGGGAGCACUUUGUUGAACAGACUCCGCCCCCUCCCCCGACCCUGACGCACAGUGGGCUUUGUAAGACGAAGAAUGACUUGAAUCUUUCUUAAUUUCCUUUCUUCUUUCAUCACUAUUUAGGCAGUUUGUUGGCAUGGAAGUAGCGUUUCACGCGAGGGUCUGACAGGAAGUACCGCUUCACGCGAGACACGCCGUCUCCCCGCCGCGCUCCUCCCCCAUGCGCCGGUGGUCAUUUAUGCACUUUUUGUGAGCUGUGGCUGUGUAAAUGUUCCCGUCUCCUAGAAAUGACCGUGGACUCUCGGAGGCCUCAGAGGACCUGAAGGUACCGACCGUGGGGUUUUCUUAUUACUGCGUGGUCGUCCAAUCAGAUGCGAGGAUUUUGUGAUGGCACUUGCUCAACGACGGGGGCCACUUCCUGUCCAGAGGAACACGGCGAGGUGUAGCUGGAGGCUGAGGUUUAGAAAAAGCUGAAGCUCAAAGAUGUAAGAUAUUUAAAAGAAAAAGAGCAUCUGAUAUAUUUUGACGUGGCAAUAAUGCAACAUGUCAAUCAAUGUCACAUCUAACUCGUC